CUGGAUAUUCCGGCAUCAGAUAAAGAAAGCGAAAGCUCGGAUUUCGGCAAUGAUGACGAUGAUUAUAGUACUGAUUUAUCCGAAGAUGAACUGCAGGAAAUGGAGCAUAUAGAUCAAAAAAUGAAAGAAUACAUGAAGAUUAUGGAUUCUGAACUUAACAUGACCGACGUCGGUCGUAGUUUUGCUAGGAAGAAGAACGACGGGAGUCCCAGCAAAAACAGCAUUGACCAAGAAGACGAUGAUUUCAAACCAGUGGAUAUAGAUCGAAAUCUCGUGUCAAACAUGCUGCAGUCGUAUUGGUCAGAAAAGGGAAUGGGUGGUCCUGCAUCUUCGCUGCUGCGCAGUUUGAACGUUAAUCCACCUAUGAUACCGGAGGAACUGGAUAGCGACGACGAGGAAGACAUCAACGAAUGA